CUCUUCAGCAGCAGCUUCAGACGCACUGCAGAGGGCGAUGAAGGUUUGUGUGUCUGUCCCAAGUGUUGACAACCCCUCCUCCCCCGAUGAAAAACACAAUCAUCCUUCACUUAGCCUCCCACAGUUCGUGUGAGGUGGACAGCUGACUGAUGUUCGUCUCUGUGGGUCUCUGAAGCGGCUGGAUGAGUGCGCAGAGGAGCAGUGGAAGUUCGGAGGGGGCGCCAUCGUCCUCUCUCACAGCAGCCAAAGAGGGUGCUAUGGAGGAGCUGCACAGUCUGGACCCACGCCGGCAGGAGUUGCUGGAGGCCAGGUUUCUGGGUGGAGUCAGUGGAAACACAGCGGGCAGCACCAGCAGCGCCAGCGGAGGAGCCAAAACCUUGACAAACAACGAAUGCUCCAAUCACAGUUUUGGUAGUUUGGGCUCCUCCAGUGAUAAAGAGUCAGAGGGCUCAGAUGGGAAAAGAGGAAGUUCUCCUGCGUAUUCAACUCCUGAAAAGAAGCACUCUGAGUCAUCACGGGGCAGGAAGAGGAAAGCUGACAUCCAGUCCGAGAGCAGUCAGGGGAAGUCUGUCAUACGGGGACCCAAAAUUAGUGAUUAUUUUGAUUUUCAGGGUGGUAACGGGUCCAGUCCAGUAAGAGGUCUGCCACCAGUCAUCCGCUCACCCCAGAACUCACAUUCCCACUCUGCACCAGGAUCCAGCACCCGGCAGAACAGCUCGUCCCCCACCAGUCUGUGUUUUGGGGACUCUCUUAUUUCUUCUCGACAACUGUCGGUCAAGAGUGUUCAGACCGACCUGACGGUGGUAAAACUGGCCGCAAUAGAGAGCAAUAAAAACCUGGACCUGGAGAAGAAGGAGGGCAGGAUAGACGAUCUGCUGCGGGCAAACUGUGAUCUUAGGAGACAAAUUGAUGAGCAGCAAAAGCUUCUAGAAAAGUACAAAGAACGUUUAAACAAGUGCAUCACGAUGAGCAAAAAACUUCUGAUUGAGAAGAGCACACAGGAGAAGCAGGCGUGUCGGGAGAAGAGCAUGCAGGAUCGACUGCGUUUGGGUCAUUUCACCUCUGUGAGACGCGGAGCCUCGUUUACGGAGCAGUGGACCGACGGCUACGCCUUCCAGAACCUCGUCAAACAGCAGGAAUGGAUCAUUCAACAACGGGAAGAAAUCGAGAGACAAAGGAAACUGUUAGCUAAGAGAAAGCCACCAUCCGCCAGCAGCUCACAGUCUCCCAGCACCAACUCUGAGCCCAAACCACGCAAGACCAAAGCUGUGAACGGCGCUGAGAGCGACCCUUUCCUCAAACCCAGCCUCCCUCAGCUGCUAACUUUAGCGGAGUACCAUGAGCAGGAGGAGAUCUUCAAACUGAGACUCGGACAUCUCAAAAAGGAGGAGGCAGAGAUUCAGGCAGAGCUGGAGAGGUUGGAAAGGGUGCGAAAUCUUCACAUCCGGGAGCUGAAAAGAAUAAAUAAUGAAGACAGUUCACAAUUCAAGGACCACCCCACCCUGAAUGAGCGCUACCUGCUGUUACAUCUGCUGGGACGAGGGGGCUUCAGUGAGGUCUACAAGGCGUUCGACUUAAUCGAGCAACGCUACACUGCUGUGAAGAUUCAUCAGCUCAACAAAAACUGGAGAGAGGAGAAGAAAGAAAAUUACCACAAACACGCCUGUCGGGAAUACCGAAUACAUAAACAGCUGGAUCAUCCCAGAAUAGUGAAACUGUACGAUUACUUUUCACUGGACACAGACACGUUUUGCACGGUUUUGGAGUACUGUGAAGGAAAUGAUCUGGAUUUCUACUUGAAACAGCACAAGCUGAUGUCUGAGAAAGAAGCUCGCUCUAUCGUCAUGCAGAUUGUUAAUGCUUUACGAUACCUGAACGAGAUCAAGCCACCCAUAAUACACUAUGACCUCAAACCCGGGAAUAUUUUACUGGUAGAUGGAAAUGCAUGUGGAGAGAUAAAGAUCACAGAUUUCGGACUGUCUAAAAUCAUGGAUGAUGACAACUAUGGAGUAGAUGGGAUGGACCUGACCUCACAAGGGGCAGGCACUUACUGGUACUUACCCCCGGAGUGUUUUGUGGUGGGUAAAGAGCCUCCAAAGAUCUCCAAUAAGGUGGACGUCUGGUCUGUCGGUGUCAUAUUUUUCCAGUGCCUCUAUGGAAAAAAGCCAUUUGGCCAUAACCAGUCACAGCAGGACAUCCUGCAGGAGAACACCAUCCUGAAAGCCACAGAGGUUCAGUUCCCUUCCAAACCUGUUGCCAGCAAUGAGGCCAAGGCUUUCAUCCGCCGGUGUCUGGCCUACAGGAAGGAGGACCGGUUCGAUGUGCAUCAGCUGGGCAGAGACUCGUACCUGCUGCCUCCCAUCAGACGGCCCAGUUCCUCAGGAGCCCUGGCUCCUAACUCCAGCUCAUACUGACCACAGACACACAGCCCGGCUGGACAGCGGAAGGAAGUUUGUCUUGAAUUCAUGUGCUUUUGCAGCAAUGAGAUUUGGGUUUACUGAAAAAAGUGAGAAAAAAGAAAAUAAAGCAUGAAAAUUUAGACACACCUGGAGAAUGUCACAAAGUCAUUAAAUAAAAACAAUGCCUUCUGGAGACUCAAUAGGGCACAGCUACUGUUAAGUACUUUGAAAAGUGACUGUUUUCACUCGGUUAUUCACAUGGUUGCCUCCCAGUUCAGAAAACAGAGAGACCUGGCGAGCCUCUAUUAAAUUCCCACGGCCUCUGCUGGGUUUCCGUAAAUUUAAGGAUUUCUUUCUUUCCGAGUUACUGUAACUGGCCUGCAAAGGUUUCAUUCUUCACUCUGUAGUAAUGUUAUGUGGUACAGACAACAGUGUUAGCUUUCUUGUUUUGUUCAGCUAGCUACGAGAAUGUAAUCCUAGCAUACAGAGCGUCUGCUGGCACACUAGGCCCAGGCGGCGUACUAAUGUUAAAUGCACAAAAGAACCAAAUCUAGAGGAAUGGCAAUGUACAGAAUCCUAUGCAGGACAAAAUAAAGUAUCCCCUCUGGAGAGUUCAUGUAUAUUUGUUGUACAGGAUCUUAAUUUCAGAUAUUAACUUUCGGCAGAUUCGUUCUGUACAGAGGUUUAACAUUUUGCCCGAUUUCUUGUAAAUUUGGUUUCCUGGUGUGUUUUUUCUUUAUUAUUAUUAUUUUGCUGCUUUGAUGUUGCUCUUUUUCAAACCGCUGUAUAAUGUACUUUAAGUAUAAAUUGUACAGACCUGUUAAAAGAAUGAUUGCAAAUAAAUGCCAGGAAGCUGCA